UUGCGCAACAUAUGUUGUGAAUGGCUAUAUUUGAAUCAGAGAACGUUUGAAAGCCCGGCAUUCUGUCUGGGCAUCUGUCUUCAAAACAAAGAACGUAAAUAUACGAUACAUGAACUCAUCACAAAAUUCUGGACACAAGAUGGCGCGCUGGUAUGCAAGGCCUUUUCCAAAAAUCGAAUUACUUCACAACCAAAAGUAAACCUUAGCACUUAUUAAAAUGUCACCUGUGAAGUAAAUUUGGCGUUGAAUAGAUGCUUUUCCAGCAAAUUAUAGCUGGGUGUUUGGGUGCAAUUUCAGAGAACUUAAAUGUAUGCACAUUCUGUGUUUACGUUCUUCGAAAUGCACAAGCGAAUCGGUUUGGCACCAAAAUGCACUGGCACAAAUCGGUUAGCGACUUAUUUCUUUUACUUUUCAUCGAAUCUUCGCUGUCAAAUGUCAAUAUUUACGAAUCUUGGUGUUAUAAGGAAGCACAAUAAACGAGUAUACAUGGCAUAAACGAUGAACCACACAUACAAUAAAACGAGAAAAAGCCCAUCUACCUUUGCUAUAGGUACUUACAAAUUUUGUUUAAAAUCUCCAUAAAUUCCACAAAAUAAAUGUCCGCUAUCCAAACUAGGCACCAAUUUGUUCAUAUGUGCAUAAUUACGUUGAAUAUUUUGGUUAUGCAACUACAAAGAAUUUUAUAAAUUAUGGGAUACGUAAAACACCGACACUGCCCGAUUUCCAAUUUUGUAAAUGAAUGGAAAGGAAUAAGAUAAACGUCAACUUAAUUUUGACAGCAGUAGUAUAAAUUAUAUUAAAGCCACCUGGUGAUAUUACAAUAUACAAUGUCAUCGCAUUCAGACACUAGCACGCAGAUAUACAAAUAUCACAGCAUCCGCCAAAUGUACGCCGGCGAUAAGCUACCGGAUCUUCAGCUUACGUUGCGCGAGUAUAGCAAAGAUUCUGUUGAAAUAGAGGUCACAAAUUUGCGUUAUGGAAUUCAGAGAUGGCAAAAAAUGAAACAUAUAUGUACGAUUAUAACAAUAUACAUAAUGUAUAGCAUUUUGGCAUCAAAGAGCUGGCUAUUAUUUAAAGGACACAUAUUGUGCGACCUUAGUUUUUUCUUCUGGUUUCUUUACCGCAUCGUCAAAUUAUUCUCAUUAAUACAAAGUGAAAAAGUUCUCUUUUGCUCGGAUCUUGCUCUUCAGUGCCAUACAGUUCGAUUCUUGUCACGUACUUCGAAUUUGUUUAUUCCCGCCAACAACGUUUAUGAUGUAGUAAUAAAUGAAGCCAUUGAGGAUCUGGAUGUACAUUACGUACUGAUCAUUCGUACAAAAGGAGAUCUUUACCAAAAAAAGCCGAUAAUUGCAAUUUUCAAUACUUUACGUCCAACCUUCGAUUGUUUACAUAUGGUUUACAAAUGCCUUAAUAAAGCACGUCGUAAAGCGAGCACGCUUUAGAGCAUUGACUACAA